CAGAUGUUACCAGCAAGUAUAACAAGCUUGGUGAACCUUACCAGCAAGGCUUUAUUCUUGAAACAUUCAAGGCCAUGCCAGGAGUUGGCAAGAUAGGAUGGAAUUCAAAUGAAACACCAUAUCAAGGAAUCUUCUCAAGACCCCAAGGGGUUCCAGUGUAUCACUCCUGGCAACUGUUGGUAGUAAAGUCAAGUAUUCAAACUGUUGAGCGGGCAGGCUUGUUGGAUCAGUUAUCUGGUCGAGGCAAUGAUGUUGCUAAUCAAUCUGGCAUCAUUUCAGUGAUUUCACAAUAUUGCAAGCAAGGUGGCCGUUUAGUUUGUGUGGAGCUAUCAGGACAGAAACAAAGUCAGGGAGUUUUGGGAUCUAUUGGUGGUAAAAGUGAAAUAUUUGGCUGUGAUGUGUUCUUCAACAUGCCACUCCACCCAAACCCUACACUGUUUACAUACCAGCUUGUUAAUGUUCCUGUGCAAGUCAUGUAUCUUGGCCCAGGAAAGCUGGUGAAAGUCACAUGUGACUGGAUGGCGAACUUUACUCAGCAUUUGCAUCAAGGAUGGAAAUUGGUAGACAUAUUUUGGGACCAGGGAAAAAGGAGUCAUGGAGAGUUUUCCCUCUCUGGAGACCAUAAUUCAGUGUGGUUUUUCGAGAAAGAAUCUACAAAACUGAAGGACCCAUUCCCAACAUAUCAAGGAACCAUCAUUGAGUACCAACACACUGUGAAGUUGGGGUUCUUCGAGACCAAGGCCAAAGGAGACUGGACACCAAUGAUAACAGAAAUGGGGCAUAGAGGCUGGGAACUGGCAUGCAUGUUGGAAACUCCAGAAGUCACAAAAAUAGGCCUUGGAAACAUGACGUUUAAAGUGUUAUUUUUCUUUCAGAGGCGUGUCCUGCAAGGCCAGCCUCAGGGGGUUAACCCAUCAGCCAUCCCCCAGGGAAUGCCCAAUUACUAUGGUCCUCCCCCAGCCCCAUAUGCUCCUCCCCCUGGGGGACAGUAUCCUAUGGCAGGACAGGCGGCAGGAUAUUAUCCUCCUCAGGGGCAAGCUGCUGCUCCCCCACCAGGUGGAUAUCCAAACUAUGCACCCCCACCCUAUAGUGCAGGACCAGAGCCAAGUGCACCACCUCUCCCUGAGAAACAAUGAUAACAUGGUUCUUCCCAACUGCUAAUGCAUAACAUUUUAUUUAGCAUAGCAUUUACUAAAGGUAACUGUAUAAAAAUAUAUUAUGUUAUAAGGACACUGAAAGUAUUGUAUUGAAAAUCUGGGAAUUGAUGAUUAUUACCGGUAUGAUUAUAUCUUGGAAUCAAUGAUUAUCUGAUAAUUGUCCUUUUGCUGAUAGGACAUGAUAGCACAAGCAUAAUUGUGCUUAAA